GUUGGUUGUCAAGGGCAAAAGGGUUACACUGAUAAUUACUGCGAAGUAGUCAGCAGGUUGUGUGCUUGGUUGGGAUUCCAUGUACUAAAAGUAGGGAAUCAGAGAGACCAAGAUGAACGAGGCCGAGGUAAACAAGAAAAUUCAGCAAAUGGUCCAUUUCAUCCGCCAAGAAGCUGAAGAAAAAGCUAAUGAAAUUGCUAUUGUCGCAGAGGAGGAGUUCAAUAUAUACAAGUUGCAACUGGUGGAAGCAGAGAAAACUAAAAUCUGUGCUGAAUACGAUCGUAAGGAGCGCCUUGUGGUUCAGCGCAAAAAAAUAGAACAUUCAACACACUUGAAUGCACAAAGACUCCGAUACCUCCACGCUGUCGAAGAUCUUCUUCGAAGGAUACGUGAUGCUGCGGAGAGGCAACUAGCUACAAUCAGCAAUCAACAGGGGCCGUAUGCCAAGUUUCUUGAAGCCCUGAUCAUUCAAGGUUUACUGCGGCUGAAAGAGCCCGCUGCAUUGAUUCGGUGUCGAAAGGAGGACCUGCACCUAGUCGAGACAGUGAUUGAAUCAGCCUGUGAAAUCUAUGCCAGUAAAGCCAAUGUGGCCUUGCCCAAAGUCGCUGUGGACGACAAGCUUUUUCUUCCCGGACCUCCGCAACAGGGAGUGCAUGGUUCCACAUGUCUGGGCGGCCUAGUUGUGACGACCAGGGACGGCCGUAUUGUGUUGAACAACACGCUUGAUGCGCGCUUACAGAUUGUGUUCAAACAGCAACUCCCCGAGGUGCGAAAGCGUUUGUUAAGUGGAGACCCUGCACCGUUAUCUCAUUCUCCACCCCAAUGAACUCUCAGGACGACAGCACACAAACACAAUCUCCAAGUUUCUUCAAGUUUCUUUACAGUAUAUUUCUUCAAGUUUUAAUAUGAAACAUUCAGAUGUAAAAUUCAUUUGUAUGGAUCAUACUAGUAUUUCACACCUC